AGGAGAAAGUGAAAGGGGAGGAGUGGAGGAGAAACCCCGGCCUGGUGGGGAAAGGAGAGAUGUGAUUGUGCGUGUUUGGGGACGAGAGCGGAGAGCACAGAGUGAUCACAAUCAAGGCGAAAGUCCAACCGCGGAGGGAGCGCACUUAAAAUCACGUGGGGGGUGUGGAUUUAUACAGGGGGGAAAGUAAAAGUGUCGUUGGAGUGACUUCUCCUUGCACUUUGUUUUCCUCCUCUCUUUGCCUUUCAACCCCCCUCCGCCCUGCAUUCCGCGGAGCAGCUGUGUUUUAAUGCCCCUGCGCACCCGAGGAGGAGAGGAAGGAGAGAAGAGUGAGGAAGAAGAGGAAGAAGAAGAAGAAGAAAAAGAAGAAGUGAGAAGGCCUGGACACCACCCCUCCUCGCCCUCUGGAGGUCUGUCCACUCUCCCCUCCUGGCCCUGCAUGGACGGGGAUGGGCAGAGCCGGAUGCUGUUGCCGCGGGGCUGAGCGCCUCGCCUCCCCGUCUCUGGUGCGCCGCUUCCGGCCACUGCUGCUGCUGAUCAUCGCUCUCUGCUGCGGUGCUCACAUAGGUCAGUGCCAGGUGGCCACCCCUCAGUGCCGUAUCCAGAAGUGCACCACUGACUUCGUCUCCCUGACCUCCCACCUGACGCCGGCGGUGGAUGGCUUUCACACUGAGUUUUGCAAGGCUUUACGCGCAUACUCGGCCUGCACCCAGAGGACAGCCAAGUCCUGCCGGGGGAACCUGGUCUUCCAUUCAGCCGUGUUGGGCAUCUCCGAUCUCAUGAGCCAGAGGAAUUGCUCCAGAGAUGGGCCCACGUCCCCCACGCGCCCCGAGGUCCAGCAUGAGCCCUGCAACUACCACAGUCGCACCCAACACGCCCACACGCACCCCCACGCGCAUGCACACACGCACUCCCACACUCACGGCCACGGCCACUCUCACCCUGUCUACCUGUUUUGCGGGCUGUUCGGGGACCCACACCUGAGGACGUUUAAGGACAGCUUCCAGACUUGCAAGGUGGAGGGGGCGUGGCCUCUCAUCGAUAAUGACUAUCUGUCGGUGCAGGUCACUAAUGUUCCGGUGGUACCUGGCUCCAGUGCCACGGCAACCAAUAAGAUCACAAUCAUCUUCAAGCCCUAUGAGGGUUGUACCGACCAGAGGGUCUACCAGGCCGUCACAGACAACCUCCCUGCUGCCUUUGAUGAUGGAACCGUGAGCAGCGGAGACCCCAUCCACAUUUCCUCUGGUGCAGAAGGUGCAACUGGGAAGGUCCGGGCUCUGUGGAUCUCUGAGCGCAGCCCGGGGCGCCAUGUGGAGCUGCACGCUGGCUACAUUGGUGUAACUGUAAUUGUUCGCCAGCUGGGCCGCUACCUGACCCUGGCAGUGCGGAUCCCGGAAGAGCUGGCUCAGGCCUACGAUGCCACCCAGGACCUGCAGCUCUGUCUGAAUGGUUGCCCCGGAGGAGAACGCAUCGACCAGGCGGGGCACCUUCCCCUGCCCCUCUCCCCUCCCGCGCUUGGCCUACAGCUGCAGCAGCUGCGACGGCCCAGCUACUCCUCACAGACACAAGCAUCCCCCUACGGUGUCACACAGGUUUUCAGUGUGGAGGGGGCGAAGGACCGCUGUAGGGAGCAGCUGGAGGUGCAAGACAUUUACUUCCACUCAUGUGUGUUUGAUCUCCUGACCACCGGGGAUGCUAACUUCACAGUGGCAGCGUACAGCGCCCAAAAAGACAUGGAGAGUCUCCACCCACACAGAGAUAGAUGGAGGAUCUACCCCCGUAGCUCUGCCAUCUCCACCUCACACUCUGAUUGUCAGCCUAUCAAACGGCUGAUUGUGCUCCUGUUAUGUGCUCUGAGCAUGGCGUUGAUGUGAGAGCGGGACUGGGAGGCUUGUGUGUGUGUGUGCACUAGAGAGAGAGUUUGUGGAGUUUUUUUGCUGAGCACUGAUACUGAGCACUGAUUUCUCUCAUGUAGAGAGGGAACAGCAGGUUGGACAGUUACUGGGAACAAGCGUUUUUGGCACAGGAGAUACUGGCAACACUAACUGCAUCUGACCUGGCAGAAUCAGCCCUCUGGGGAAUAACACAGGAGAUGUGAUGAUGGCUUUCACAAUCUGUCUUCAUCUUUGGAUAAGACAUUUGACAAUGACACAAAUGUACCUGUGUGGGUAAAUAGAGUGUGUGGAUAUACACUCCAAACUGUAAAUAGCUUGUCUUCAGUGCACAGUGUAAUGGCGUAGAGUUUGUUUUUUUGUGUCAUUUGAUGUGAUUUUUCUUUAAUACCUCAGACAGAGGAUGUUUGUUUGAACAGAAGCACUUUAUUUAGUUGUUUUUUUUUUGUUUUUUUUUCCAACAAAUCCACAUCAGUGUUUCUUCCUCUCACUUACUGUUCUCCACCAAAAUCUCCAAUGGCUCAAGUUUUGGGGAUCAUCUACAAUUUGUUUUUUUUUAAUUCUUUUAAAGUAAAAGUCUGUUGAAUACAAGGAGCUGCCAUUUGUGUUAAAAUGCAUCAUUCUUCCAGUAGCUGAUUUGACUCAGCGUCUCAUUUUAAGUCAGUCAAUGUGAGUUGUUCUCUUUUGAAUGUAUUAUUAAUAUUGUCACAGCAAAUGCCAUCAGCACUGUUUUGUUGCUGUAUGAAUUUGUUGUUUUUCCUCAAUCCUGAUUUCAAAUAUGUGCGAGUGUGUGUGUCAGUUCUUUUUUUUUAACAGUUGUUGACAAGCUAGGAUUUGUUUUAUUUCCUCUAAAGUUGUGUUCAGAACAAACGCAAAGUGAAUUUGUGCCUGAGAUUACUUGCGGAAACACAGCCACUGGAGUGCCAGCUAUGCUAACAGCUGUGCUAACUAACUGGGGAAGGCCGCUAACAUUUAGAUUGGUGCUGACUUAGGUCUUAGAAAAACACAACUGAUUGCUGUAAUCAAGUAACAAAUACAUAUUUUCAGAACUUACCAUGUAGUCCUAUGGCUUUGCUCACUUUUCUCCAACCCCUGUCCUUUUUAUUUUUUUUAUGGGGGUGGGUGGGCAUUUUACGCAUCCAGCCCAAGGGCCCCAUUGUGUUAUAAUCCACCUAUGGCUUUCAUGAUUAGUGAUUUUAUGCACAUUUUUUGCUCAAGUUGAAACAUUUCAGUUUGUGUGGAUGCAUAGUGGCAUCUGUUACAGUUUAAGGAUCAACUAGUAUGAAAUCAUGUUGCGCAAAAAAUUGCUUCGUGUUUGGUGUGAACACACCUUGGGAAUCACGUCAGAGGUAUUCCCACCUUUUUGCCAAGAGGCUGUGACGAUACCGGCUCAUGUAUGUUGCUCUCUGUAUUCUUUGUUGUGUUAAUUUGAGCCAAAGACAGAUAAUGUAUUGUUUUAAUGUACAAAGGAGAUCAUAACUCACCACCAAACCAGCACCCUCCUCCUCCUCCUCCUCCUCCUCCUCACACUCUCUCCUGUUUUUAAAGUUGCUACUGUAGACUGUUUUACUCCUACUGCCAGAGUUGACGAGCUGUUCAUUACUGGGAUACGUGUAAGAUACUGGGGUGUAAACAAAACACUGCAAACCCUACCACGCUGUCUGCUGAGACAUAUGCUUCAGCAGUGUGUGAGACAUGUCAACCCUCAAGACUAUGAGCCUUUUUCAGAUGUAACAUUGUGUAUAAUUAUGCCCCUUUUAGUUGGCCAUAUCAGCUUUAUCUCAGUUUUUGUUAAUGUGAUCCCUUACAUCAUGUGUGAGUGUCAGUUUGGUGAAGAGUGACUGGUCAGUGUUGAAAUACUUAACUUAUUUAUGAACGUAGUGUCCUGUAGAGGAAGUUAAGCUCCAUAUUCUUGCUGUUGGAUAAUAAUUUAAAAAAAUGUCAGAUGUGAUUGUACUGCCACUUAGUGGUGCUCCGUUGCUAUGUCAGUGUGUUACUCAAGGCGCUCAAAAAAAAAAAGAACAUGGAGGAAAAAACUGUGCAAGUGUUUUAUUUAAAAAAAAAAACAAUAAAGUCAAAACAGU